UUGAUAAUUGAUAUUGAUAAUUGAUAUUAAAUAACGAAGCGAAGAUGUUGCAUGUAUCCAGAGGUUUACGCCGACUUACGCGUUAUGGAUUAUCCCAUAAAGUAUUACUUGAGAGCGCAGCUAUUUCCAAAAUGGUACAUGGAUGCAGCAGGCCUAUAAACGAUGCACUACAGCAACUUCGAGAUAUCGCCGUGACUUCAAAUGAACCAGAGCUUUAUAAGGAUGCAGUGAAAAUAUACAAUCCUGCGUACAGCUACGAGCAUCCAGCUUUUGUUGCCUUACCCAAAAACACCGAAGACAUCAAGCGCUGUCUCCAAGUUGCAAACAAGACUGGGGUUCCAGUGGUUGUUAAAUCCGGCGGCCAUUGCUUUGCUGGUUAUUCAAGCACUGACAGUAAUGGGUUUGUCAUAUAUCUUAAGAACAUGAAUGAGGUUCACCUUAAAGGAAAUACUGUCACCGUCCAGGCUGGUGCGAGCUGGGGGGAUGUGUAUUGUGCUCUGGAUGACACUGGCUAUGUGGCUGUAGGGGGAUGUGUUCCAGCAGUAGGUAUCGGCGGCUACAUCCUUGGUGGCGGGUACAGCAUGUUGUCACGAGCAUAUGGCGGGCUGGCAUGUGACAAGGCAAUGUCAUUUACCAUGGUUACAGCUGACGGAGGCAAGGUUGUGACAGCUUCUCCGAAAGAAAACGAAGAUCUCUUUUGGGCUUUGAAAGGGGGAGGGGGCGGCAAUUUUGGAAUCUUGGUUGAUGUUAGUUUAGAAGUGUGUGCGCGACCAAAAGAGUUUAUCUGGACUCGUCUCAUAUAUGAUACAACUGAUCAAAGCAAGAAAAGUCUUGAUUUUGUCGGUAAAAAUUUACACAAGUUACCAAAAGAACUCAACCUUGACAUGGCACUUCAUGGGAACUUUGGGAAAAAAGUGCUUACUUUGGAUGCUGUAUACUCAGAUGUCCAUGAAGCCAAAGUGCUAUCAAGCCUUGAAGGUCUCCAUCCACCUGUUCCCAAAACUCAGAAAAAAAAACUCAGAUAUUUGAAAAAAACUCAGAUAUUUACAUCUUACCUACAGUUUACUAAAGAAUACAGCAAACGACAUGGUUUUGUACACCAGGAAGUAGAACCCAUUUAUGUCAAAGGAGUUAUGAUUGACACCUUACCACCAUCCUUGGCCAAGUAUUUUGCUGACCUUGACAUACCAAAAGAAUGCCUUCUUGAGUUUGUACACAUGGGUGGUGAUAUCUCGCAGCAUUCUGCCACAUCAACCGCUUUUGCCUACCGCUCUGCUCAAUACAGUUUUUAUACAUAUGGCAGGUUCCAUAACCUAAAACAGAGAGAUGAAGUCUCAAAAUUUGCUACCUCAACAUAUAAUGCUGUUCACGAGUCAGGAUGUGCUCUUGGCAGUUAUGUUAACUAUAUGGACCGCAGCCUUAAAAACUGGGCUGAGAAUUACUAUGGAGUGAAUUAUCCUCGCCUUUGUGAAGUAAAGAGAAAAUGGAAUCCCGUAGGGCAAGGAUCCCUUCAUUUUCAGCAGGAAAUUGGUUCACCUUGGGAGCCUUAGUUUUUCACUUGCCCAUUUAAAACUCAUUUUGUAUUUCAAUUAAAUGCCACUUAACGGAAGGUUUUGAAACUUUGAACUUCUAAGAUCACCAGGAAUGUGUUUUUUCCUAUCAAUCCAUAUUACAUUUUUCCAAGUAGUACAUUCUCUGCAAAAUUAUUUGGGGGCUAUAGCCAACUCAGACCCAUAGCUACAUGAUUCUCCGCUUAAAACUUGGUAUAGAAUUUCUAAUAAGAUAACUCUUUAGUAAGCACCCAUUCAGAAUGGGUAAUUCCGGAACAAAACUAACAAUUUUUAUUUGGUUAUGUACUAGCUAGCCUGUUGCAGUUAGUUAUUUCCAGCUUAUCGAAUAUUAACUUUUAUAUUCCUUGCAUAGUUAACAAGUAAUAUUAUUAAUCCAGGUAAUAUUAUUAAUAUUUUAAUAUUUUAAUUAUUUAAAAAUAAUUGGUGUUUUUUUGUUGGUUUUGAGUUUUUUAACAGAACUAAGAGACUUUAGCCAAAUACUAUCUUUUGUUGUUUA